AACACGACUUUCUUUUUAACGAGGGGGUUUAAUAAAGGGCCUGGAGCCCGGCCAGCGGCUCGGCUCUGUGCCAAGCAGGGGCACCCACCGCCCCAGCACGAGUUCCAGCGGCCCUGCGCCGGGGCGGAGCGGGCUGAGUCACCGGCCGGGGCGAGCGGGGCAGCCCUCCCGAGCCGGGCUGGGGCUCGUCCACGUGUCGGGGGAUUUAAAAAGUUGGGGCAGGCAGCGAGGACAUGCCCAGAAGAGCGUCUGGCAGAGCGGCGGGAGCUCCGCGGACAUGGGACACCGGUGUCACCGCCAGCCCCCCGCCGCCUGCCCCGAGCGCAGCCCGGGGAAGGGAGCAGGCGGCACGGCGCUGCCCGCGGCCCCGCUCCUCCUCCUCCUCCUCGUCCUCCUCGCUUCCUCCAUUUCUGCUUGCAAAGGUGCACCAAUGCCAUCCCAAGCACUUGAUUCAGAUGAGGAUUUGCAGCUCUUGAAAGAGAUAGACGAUGCAUGUUCUGCUUACCUGUCCACAGAUUCUCAGCCUCAGGUCAGUCAGACAGAGGUGUCCACUACACUGGAAGAACUUUGUUUUUUGGUCAUGGGAUUUCUCCAGAAACCACAGGGUUUAGAUGAGAAAGCCAACACCAAAAGGUUUUUAUUUCAUUAUUCUAAGACUCAUGACUCGGGAAACUCAGACAUCAUGUCGUCUGUCCUGCAUCCUUUACUGCAACUCGUUCCUCAGCUUAAUGAGAGAAGACUGAAGAGAUACAAACUGGACGAAGAACUUCAAGGACCAGGAAUGAUUCAAAGCAGAGGCUAUUUUUUCUACAGGCCACGUAAUGGAAGGAGAUCAGUGGAUUUUCGCUAAGGAGGAUUAUAGAUUCCUGAUCUGGAACUAAAACUGCAGGGAUGCAGAGUACAUGGACAUACUAUUUUCCUUACAAUAAUUAUUCAUUAUUAAUGUACAAUUAGAAAUCACUCAAAUGUAAAUAUUCUUAAACCAGAUUCUGUUAAGAAGAUCUUUACUAUCUUGAUUAUAUUAAAAGCAUAUUAAAAUUAUUUGCUUCCUAGUGUUAUGGUGUUUACAACCAACCACAUGUAAUUCAACUGUAAAAGAGUCAGUGUUUGCAUGCAACAGACAUUGACUCUAACAACCUUGUUAAGCAAAUUUUCCCUUCUAAAUAAAGGCCCUCUGCCAGAGAGUUGUUUUAAUGAGAA